AUGUUCACGUCUUUUGGGAAAGCGAAUCUGACUUGCCAGCUAUAUCAUUCCUUGAAUGUCCUUUUUGACCUUCGACAGAUGAACGCGCCAAGCCUAUCAAAUGUGGGCUCUUUAGAGUUUCUAAAAGUCUUCGAGGCCGCUUGUAGUGGUAUGUUACCGAAAAAUAAGAUUAUUAGAACGUUAAAGCGACUUUACACUAACACAACAGCAGAAAUCGAACAAAAAUCACGUCAGGGGCGCGACACCUUAGAUUUGAAAAGAGAAGUGAUAGCAUUGUCUACCGCUCUUGCAUCUGUGGCAGACACGAUUCCUGCUUACGACUUGGAGAAGCACAAUACAAGGCUGAUGAAGCUGCUCAAACAAAUCACGAUUGAUGCCCCCUCUACAACAAAAAAGUUUCGAUUCAAGAACAAGCCGAAAUCGAGCCAAUCCAAAAACGAUGAUGCGGUCCAAAAUGUAGCUGGCGAAGACUCGAAAUCAAUGAACUCCCCAGAGUGUGUUGGCAAGUCUCUACGGUAUGAGCGAGGAGGAGUUUACGAAAAUCUACAGGACAGCUCGCUGACAUUCGAUGCGACAUUACAAAAUGACCCCGCGAGCGAUAACUCCUCAUCUGCGAUACAUUUACGGUCUCUAAAACGCAGUGUUAUCAACUUCAAGGGUACACCGUUCCAGCACGGCAGUUUCUACAUUGAAAAUGCUCAAGACUGUUUCAUUAUCUUGCGGCUGCCAUUGCAGUCGCAGAUCCAAGUCCGUCUUAACGGUUUACAGAACUGCAAGAUUUACAUCACGCGUGUUGGCUUGGAACCCCAGUCUGUUGUCCUUGAACGCUGUUCUGAGCUUCGCUUCCAUAGCGAGAUGCGUGAUACCACGAAUAUCCAAGAUUUUAGCAGCAUUGGAAAGGUCUUCCCGAAUGAAAAGACAUGGUUUCCGUACGAAUCGUUCGACCUGUGUGACUUUGAUACUGAUAGACUAAUGAAUGACAAGGCUUGUCGUUGA